CGAGCCGUGCCAGAGGAAGUUUGUGCGGCGCAGCGAGAGAAAGUUUCCCCGGAGCGGCUGCGCUUGGAGCGGGAAGAAGCUUGACACAGCCGCCGCUGGUGGACCGAGCGAGGCGUGCAGUGGGUUCGUGAGGCCGUGUGACCGUGUCUCCGCCGCUCCUCCUGCUCGCGGUGAGAUGGGGAAGGAGCAGGAGCUGCUGGAGGCGGCGCGCACCGGGAAUCUGGCCGCCGUUGAGAAGCUCCUGUCCGCGAAGAGACAGUCGUCCGGUUCGGCCGCUGCGGGUGGUUCUGGAUCCUCCGGGAAUGUCGGGAGCGGCGGGCACAGCUCUUCCCACCCGCUCUCCAGUUUGCUCAGUAUCUGGAGGGGCCCGAAUGUGAACUGUGUGGACAGCACUGGAUACACACCUCUACACCACGCUGCUUUAAAUGGACACAGUGAGGUGGUGGAAGUACUUCUGAGGAACGAGGCUCUGACGAACAUCGCUGAUAACAAGGGCUGUUACCCUCUGCACCUGGCGGCGUGGAAGGGAGACCAGCGAAUCGUCAAACUCCUCAUCCAUCAGGGUCCAUCUCACCCCAAACUCAAUGAACAGAGCGCUCUAGACCACACUGAGUUCAAACGCUGUGGCCCAUUUGACCCCUAUAUUAAUGCCAAGAACAAUGACAACGAGACGCCGCUGCACUGUGCGGCUCAGUACGGACACACUCAGGUGGUGCAGCUGCUGCUGGAGGAGCUGACCGACCCCACCAUGCGCAACAACAAGUUUGAGACGCCGCUCGACCUGGCUGCGCUCUACGGCCGGCUGGAGGUGGUCAAACUUCUGCUGAGCGCUCAUCCCAACCUGCUCAGCUCCAACACCAAGAAACACACCCCUCUCCACCUGGCCUCCCGCAACGGACACCUGGCCGUGGUGGAGGUGCUGCUGGCCUCCGGCGUGGAUCUCAACUACCAGACCGAGAAAGGCAGUGCCCUUCAUGAAGCAGCUCUAUUUGGAAAGACAGAAGUAGUACAAAAACUACUCAACGCAGGUAUUGAUGUGAAUAUCGUGGACAGUAAGAGUCUAACAGCGCUGGACACUGUUAGAGACAUGCCCUCUCAAAAGAGCCGACAGAUCGCCGCCCUCAUACAAGCUCAUAUGAGCGUCCGUCCGUCAGACACGAGCCUCCCUCCUCCACCAGUGCCUCCACCUCAAGAGAGCCUGAGCCCCAAGAGAAAAGGAGAAAUGGAGCAGCAGGUCAGUGAGCUCAUAUCCGGUUUGGCUUCGACCCCUGUGGAAGAGAGUCCGUAUGAAGCUCUGUUUGAGGCGUCCUCGUGCGUCUCACUGGACAGUCUGGCCAGCGGAAAGUCAUCGGACAGAGACUCCGGACGACCGGACAGCGAAGCCGGGAGGAAAGAGCGCCAUCCUCCGCAGAGUCAGCCUGCACAGGAAGAGGAUCUCAGCUCUGAGGCGGUUUACACCAACAGCAGUGUGGAUGAACGCGCCGAGCCUCUGGAAGAGGAAGAGCACACAUAUGAACUCUUAGUCACCGCACAGACCAAAAUCCCCAACAACACACAAAGCAAAGCAGAUGUGGAGGUCUCUGCCAAGUCUUCCAAUAGUGUCCUACCUCAGCGAAAGAGCACUGCACACAUUGACCUGCGACCUUCAGGGUCCAACACAAACACUCUGCAGCCUCCUGCACCUCAUUUUAGCACAGGACAGACGUCUGGAGAGAGCUCAUCGCACGGUCAGGAUACAAGCGCUGCCGUUCCUGAACAGUUCACUGGUCUGCUUCACGGUUCCUCGCCGGUGGUCGACUGUCGGGAGGAAGCAUUCACACUGCCGUCCUCUGGAGUGAAGUCCGGCGAGGCUUCCAGCACUUCGACAUCUGCGAGCUCCGCCCCCCUUCCCCAUCCCAAAUCGACAGUCACCAUGGAAACCAUUCUCCAGGACACUGACCCCAAAGCUAUCUACGCCACGGUCCACAAAGAGCCACGGGGUUCGCCAAAACACAACUCACCGGCGCGCGAUUCUCCGGUGACGAGAAGGAUGCCUCCGCCGGGUGAUCUCAAGCUAGCACGUAGCCUUUCAAAGUCCGACUCCGACCUACUGGUGUCCCCACCCGGUGAGGAAGAGACGGGGUUGGGCAGCCGAAGUGAGUCAGUGUCCAACUGUAGCACCACCAAGAGAAGACUGGAAAAAUCACCUUCAUUCACUUCAGAAUGGGACGAGGUAAGAGCUCCCCCUUGUGGCCUGGAUGUACCAUCCUUCCUGCAUU